AUGCCUUUUAAAGCAUUCGAUACCUUCAAAGAAAAAAUUUUGAAACCUGGAAAAGAGGGAGUGAAGAACGCUGUGGGAGAUUCGUUGGGGAUUUUACAAAGGAAAAUUGACGGGACCAAUGAGGAAGAAGGUAACAUUGAGCUGAAUGAAGAAGGGAGGCCAGUGCAGACGUCCAGGCAGAGGCCCCCACUCUGUGACUGCCACUGCUGUGGGGUCCCUAAGCGCUACAUCAUUGCUGUCAUGAGUGGGCUGGGGUUCUGCAUUUCCUUUGGGAUUCGGUGCAAUCUUGGAGUUGCCAUUGUGGAAAUGGUCAAUAACAGUACUGUAUAUGUUGAUGGAAAACCGGAAAUUCAGACAGCACAAUUUAACUGGGAUCCAGAGACAGUGGGCCUUAUCCAUGGAUCUUUUUUCUGGGGUUAUAUUGUGACACAAAUUCCAGGUGGUUUCAUUUCAAAUAAAUUUGCUGCGAACAGGGUCUUUGGGGCUGCCAUCUUCUUAACAUCGACCUUGAACAUGUUGAUACCAUCUGCAGCCAGAGCGCAUUACGGCUGCGUUAUGUGUGUCAGGAUUUUGCAAGGUUUAGUGGAGGGUGUGACAUACCCAGCGUGUCACGGGAUGUGGAGUAAGUGGGCACCACCUUUGGAGAGAAGCAGACUGGCUACAACCUCCUUCUGUGGUUCCUAUGCAGGAGCAGUGAUUGCCAUGCCGCUGGCUGGGGUGUUGGUCCAGUACAUUGGAUGGGCCUCUGUCUUUUAUAUUUAUGGUAUCUUGGGGAUUAUUUGGUACAUGUUUUGGCUGUUGCAAGCCUAUGAGUGUCCAGCAGCUCACCCAACAAUAUCCCAGGAGGAGAGGACCUAUAUAGAGACAAGUAUAGGAGAAGGAGCCAACUUGGUUAGUCUCAGUAAAUUUAAUACACCAUGGAAAAGAUUUUUCACGUCAUUGCCAGUGUAUGCAAUCAUUGUGGCCAAUUUUUGCAGAAGCUGGACAUUUUAUUUGCUGUUAAUAAGUCAGCCUGCUUACUUUGAAGAGGUCUUUGGAUUUGCAAUAAGUAAGGUGGGUCUCUUGUCAGCAGUCCCGCACAUGGUUAUGACGAUCAUUGUGCCUAUUGGAGGACAAUUGGCUGAUUAUUUAAGAAGCAGAAAAAUUUUGACCACAACUGCUGUCAGAAAAAUCAUGAACUGUGGAGGUUUUGGCAUGGAGGCAACCUUGCUCCUUGUGGUUGGCUUUUCCCAUACCAAAGGGAUGGCUAUCUCCUUUCUGGUGCUUGCUGUAGGAUUUAGUGGUUUUGCUAUUUCAGGUUUCAAUGUCAACCACUUGGAUAUUGCCCCUCGCUAUGCCAGCAUUCUCAUGGGAAUCUCAAAUGGAGUGGGAACCCUCUCUGGAAUGGUCUGUCCCCUUAUUGUGGGUGCAAUGACCAAGCACAAGACCCGUGAGGAGUGGCAGAAUGUGUUCCUCAUAGCUGCCUUGGUGCACUACAGUGGCGUCAUCUUCUACGGGGUCUUUGCUUCUGGGGAGAAACAGGAGUGGGCAGAUCCCGAAAACCUUUCUGAGGAGAAGUGUGGAAUCAUUGACCAGGAUGAAUUAGCUGAGGAGACAGAACUCAACCAUGAGAGUUUUGCAAGUCCCAGAAAGAAGAUGUCAUAUGGAGCCACCACCCAGAAUUGUGAAGUCCAGAGAAAGGAAUGGAGAGGACAGAGAGGGGUGACCCUCAACGAGGAAGAGCUGACAUCCUACCAGAAUGAAGGGGAAAACUUCUCAGAUGCAUCCUAA